AGUCGUUCGUUGAAUGUUGAAGCGGUAUGUUGUUCCGUGUGAGGUAGUGGUAUAUAUCGCUUAAAUACGCAGCCUAUAUAGUAAUUACGAUCCAUUAAAAGUAAAAAAAUAACAAAUUGUGCAAGGGAUUUUCAUCGGUGAAAUUCUUUUUAAAUUUUUUUCGUUUUUUGUUUUAUGAAUUUGACACGACGUGUGAAAUUUGCUCAACUCAGAUAUUGGAUAUACCUAAAGAACCUGUGAUUUGAGUAUUUGAAAAUAAGAAAAAGUAAAAAAAAGGAUAAAGAUGCGCCAAUGUGCCUUUGUGAAAGAUUCUGCGUGUUUUUAUUUGAAAUAAAUUGUAACAGCGAACCGUAACGCCAAAGGAUUACUUAUGAUUCUACGGAAUAAGGCAACAAAUCGAAAGUGUAUUGACGGAUAAUUGAAAAAGAGUUAAAUUUAUUGGAAACGCACAGCAGCGCUCGUUUUCAAAAAUUGUUGAUAGUACCUUUAUGGUAAUGGCAGAGAUAGGUGGCCCUUUGGCUCACCAACUUCCAUUACAUAAUCAUCGCGGCGGAUUAGUCCAACCGUCGUUGGUUAUGAACCAUCAUCUGGAUUUGGACUGUCAUGGUGCUGAUAUACACCAGAGUUCUUUUCAUUUUAAAAACGACGAUCAUGAGCAACAUACAAUAAAAUUGGAAAAGCAACGCUUUUCCCUAUGCGCUGGCUGUGGAGCACAAAACCAUGACCAAUAUAUCCUGCGCGUAGCACCUGAUUUGGAAUGGCAUGCGGCAUGUUUAAAGUGUCAGGAAUGUCGCCAGUUCUUAGAUGAAAGUUGUACGUGUUUUGUAAGGGAUGGCAAAACAUAUUGCAAAAGAGAUUAUGUUAGGUUAUUUGGUACCAAAUGUGAUAAAUGCGGCAGUUCUUUUAGUAAAAACGAUUAUGUUAUGCGAGCAAAAACGAAAAUCUAUCAUGUAGACUGUUUUCGAUGUUCAGUGUGCACUAGAAAAUUAUUGAUAGGCGAUGAAUUUGCUCUCAGAGAUGGUGGUUCAUUAUAUUGUAAAGCUGACAAUGAUAUGUUAGAAAAAUCAUCACUUAGUAUCGUAGCACCGUCAUUAGAAAGUAACAACAACAAUAACAAUACCAAUUUAAGCAAUAAUAAUCAUUCCAGUGAGAUUGGGUCUAUGUCAGAUUCUGGAAGUGAGUCUGGAUCACACAAAAGCAUUCGCGACAAAAGGCCUUCAGGACCAUCCGGCGAUGGUAAACCAACAAGAGUGCGAACUGUUCUCAACGAAAAGCAACUGCAUACAUUAAGAAAUUUUUACAAUGCGAAUCCUCGACCUGAUGCCCUUAUGAAAGAACAAAUUGUCGAAAUGUCCGGUCUCUCGCCACGAGUUAUACGAGUUUGGUUUCAAAAUAAGCGGUGCAAGGACAAAAAGAAUCAAAUAAAACAAGAACUGCAACAAGAGAAGAAUAGACUAAAGUUAGGAUAUGACCAGAUGCAAGGUGUACCGAUGAUCGCCAAUUCGCCAGUCCGUCAGGGAUCACCAUUGAAUAUGCAUCCGCACGACGUCAUUCCGUACCAGCCGCCAUGGAAGGCACUGUCUGAAUUUGCUCUUCAUGCCAAUUUAGACAAUGAUGUCAUCACUCAACACAAUCCUGCAUUCCAACGAUUGAUGCAUCAAAUGCAUGGUUAUGAUGUCACCGCACCUCGGCCAGGUAAUGCAGACUCAAUGUCUACGUUUCACGGUGGUCACCUUCACAAUAGUAUCAUAUCGGCGCAACAUAACUUGGAUAGUUCAGAUGCGUAUAUUCCAUUUAUGGAAAGCGAUGACAGCACUAGCGCAGAUUGAAAUUGUAAUGAAUAAAAAGCGAUCGACAUUAUAUAUACAAAAAUUUAACGAAACAUUGAGUGUGAAUGAUUUGUAAAAAUUAGUAAUUUAGAACACUUGCAAGAGUUUAACAUUUAAGUUACAAUGGAUUUUGAACAUUUGUAUAACAACAAAAGUAAAUCAAACGCCAUUCAGUUUUAUAAUCGUGAAUAAAGAUAAAGUUUAUGUUUA